AACUGUAGAAAAAUAUUUACUAUAUCGGUGCAAUAAGCAUUAGGUGGGUGGGAGCCUCUGUUCUCGGGUGUCUACAUAGUUAUAACCACAGCAUAUAACUACUUGUCUUUCAGACUCCCAGUAACCCCAGUAACCCUCGCUCCUUGGAGACCCCAAACUUCAUCUAUAACAUUUCAGAUUCAAUGUGUCGCCAAAUUUGGAUUUAAGCUUGUCAGAUUGAUUGAAACAUUCAUAAUGUUCUAUGUUUCAAAGCAGUACGAUUUGCUUCUAAAACUAUUAAGCGAGGCCCAGAACCAAAGUCAAGCAAAGAAGCUCCAUUGCCGCAUAAUCAGAACCCUUACAAACCCAGAUACAUUUCUUUCCAACAAUCUCAUAAGCGCUUACUCUAGAUUGGGCAGCUUAGCUUACGCUCGCCGCACGUUUGAUCAUAUCCCUCAACCUAAUCUCUUCUCAUGGAAUAGCAUACUAUCUGCUUAUUCGAAGGCUGCUCGCCUCUUUGACAUGCAAGAAAUCUUUAAUCGAAUGCCGGAUCGUGAUGGGGUUUCUUGGAAUUCUGUUAUAUCGGGCUACGCUUCUUGUGGACUGGGAAUUGAUUCGAUGAAGACCUACAAAUCAAUGUUGAGAGAUGGUCCUGAGAAUCUGAAUCGGAUUACUUUCUCUACAAUGCUAAUAUUGUCUGCUUGUCUCAGUUCUAUCGUAUUGGGUAGACAGAUUCAUGGGCAGAUCGUGAAAUUUGGGUUUGAAUCAAUUGUUUUCGUGGGUAGCCCUUUGGUAGACAUGUACACAAAAGCUGGGCUAAUCUAUGAUGCAAAGAGGAUCUUUGAUGAAAUGUCUGAGAGAAACAUAGUUAUGUACAAUACAAUGAUCACAGGGUUCCUACGCUGUGGGAUGAUCGAUGAGGCCCAGCAUUUGUUUCAUGAAAUGCCUGAUAGAGAUUCAAUUUCAUGGACGACGAUGAUUACAGGACUUACUCAAAAUGGAUUGGAUGCAGAAGGAUUGGACGUUUUUAGAGAGAUGAGAUUGGAAGGGUUGGCUAUGGAUCAAUUCACUUUUGGAAGUGUCCUCACUGCUUGUGGGAGUCUUAAAGCCUUGGAACAAGGGAAGCAGAUCCAUUGUUAUAUAAUUAGGACUGAUUAUAUGGAUAAUGUUUUUGUAGGUAGUGCUCUUGUUGACAUGUACUCCAAGUGUGGAAGCAUAAGAUCCUCAGAGACAGCUUUCAAGCGAAUGGCCCAUAGAAAUAUUGUGUCUUGGACGGCAAUGCUUGUGGGUUAUGGUCAAAAUGGGUUUAGCGAGGAAGCUGUGAAGAUUUUCUCCGAGAUGCAAAGAAAUGGGGUUAAGCCUGAUGAGUUCACACUAGGCAGCGUGAUUAGCUCAUGUGCUAAUCUAGCGAGUUUAGAAGAGGGUGCACAGUUUCAUGCUCAUGCUUUUGCAUUGGGUUUGGUUACUUUUCUUACAGUUUCUAAUGCACUCAUUACCUUGUAUGGUAAAUGUGGAAGUCUUGAAGAUUCUCACUGCUUGUUCAAUGAGAUGCAUAUCAGAGAUGAAGUUUCUUGGACUGCACUUGUUUCUGGGUAUGCCCAGUUUGGAAAAGCCAAUCAGACAAUUGACUUGUUUGAAAGGAUGUUGGCUGAUGGCUUGAAACCCGAUGGAGUUACUUUCAUUGGAGUUCUUUCAGCUUGCAGUAGAGCAGGACUGGUGGAUAAGGGAUUUGAGUAUUUUCAUUCCAUGGUGCAAAACCAUGGAAUAAUGCCAAUUUUAGAUCAUUACACAUGCAUGAUAGAUCUUCUUAGUCGAGCAGGGAGAACAGAAGAGGCGAAAGGUUUUAUAGAGAGGAUGCCUUGUCGUCCUGAUGCAAUCGGAUGGUCAACAUUGCUCAGCUCAUGUAGACUUCAUGGUAACUUGGAAAUUGGGAAAUGGGCUGCUGAUUCUUUGCUAGAAUUAGAACCAGACAAUCCUGCAAGCUAUGUUUUGCUCUCAAGCAUGUAUGCUUCUAAAGGGAAAUGGGAUGAUGUUGCUCGUUUAAGAAGAGGCAUGAGAGAUCGGAGAGUGAGGAAGGAACCUGGGUUUAGUUGGAUUAAGUAUAAGAAUAAGGUCCACAUCUUUUCAGCUGAUGACAGAUCAAAUCCAUAUUCAGACCAGAUAUAUGCUGAACUGGAGAAGCUAAACCAAAAAAUGGUAGGGGAAGGUUAUGUACCUGACAUGAGUUCUGUUCUCCAUGAUGUAGAAGCAGCAGUGAAAAUAAAGAUGCUUAGCCACCAUAGUGAGAAACUAGCAAUUGCUUUUGGGUUGAUUUUUAUACCUGCUGGCUUGCCUAUACGAAUUGUUAAGAAUCUCAGGGUCUGUGGGGAUUGCCACACUGCAACUAAAUUCAUUUCUAAGAUCACCCAGCGAGAGGUCCUUGUAAGAGAUGCCGUCCGGUUCCAUCUGUUCAGAGAUGGAACAUGUUCAUGUGGAGAUUUCUGGUGAUGAGUUUUUGCUACAAGUGAAAGACUUGGAGGAUAUUAACCCAUAAAUUCCUAAUGGUGGAGCUUGAAUAUAGAUAUUCGUUUGCACUGCAAGGGAUGUCUACCUGCUUCAUUUCAUAUGGUGUGUCAGUUUGGAGGGUAGGUUCAGAAGGGUAUGGUGCCUGCAAUGCAGUUCAAAAAAUCAGAUGGCUUUGGCUUCAGGUAUAUUUUUUAUGGCCAGAAUUGUUGAACAUCUUGACACCAGGGCUGGCAAUGGGUAGAAAUUAUUCCAAGUAAAUGCAAGUUGGAGUUGGAAGUUGUUGUUACAAGCUGAAAAUCUUGAUGCAUUAGAGAUCUCACUGCUUCACUUAUAAAAGUGCAUUGGUAGAGCAACAAGGGCCAUUGUGGUAGAGCAACAAAAGGCCAGUGUGCCUGGGGGCAAGAUUCAUAACAUCGAUAAGUAUGAUCCCGAUAAAUUCAGUUCAGGGAUGAUUGGUGGCAAUGUCUACACAGAAAGCAGUAGGUGCAGCAGUGCAGAAUAAAAUUCUGAAUGGAGACCAUCCAAAAUUAUUGCUAAACACGACCAAAUUCAAAUUGCAACCUUUUGGACAUGUUCAUGAGUAUACCCAGGAAUGGGGUAAUUCAAGCCAACAUUUCACCAAAAAAAAGAAAAGAAAAUCAAAGUCUAACAUUGAGAAUGUCAUGACAAAAUGCUUUUCUGUUUUAUUUUUCUGCCAGUGUCUAAAACCAGUCAAGAUAGUGAAGAAGAAUGGAGAAGAUGAGAAACAAAGAAAGAGAAUGAGAGCGGAGGAGGAAUUGCUGUCAUGGAUUGUUAGUCCCAACAAUGCAGUAGAUGCAUCAUGAUUCUAUCGUCACUGAACCAAAGUCAUGAAUAUAUUGGUUCUCUCAGCUACCUUCUUGAUUAAGAGAGAGAAUGAAUCUCACUUGUACUCAACUUGCCUAUGUCUUGAGGAACUUCAACAUAGAAUUGGUGAAGAUAGUGAUGAAAUUAGAAGCCACUUUCUCUUGUUUGUAAAAUCUUGCACUAUAUGCUCUGUCUUCUGUUAGAAGACUGGAUUAAUGGAAAUAUGACCCGUUAAUUAUAGUGAUAAA